AUGGUCGCCGCAAGCGAGGGAGACCCGACGCCGACGACCACGGUCCCCCCGGGGCUCACGCUCAACCUCGGCCCCCUGACGACGACAUUCGCGCCCCCGGGCAACUGCACAUCCCUCACGCUCGGCUAUUACGGCCACCGCGUCUCCAUGUCGAUGAACGUGACGACCGUCCUGCAGUGGAACCGCGGGUACGAGUGCCCGACUACGUACGGCGGGAGCCUGUUCCAGCUCAUCUCGUCGUGCUUCCCGGAGCGCUACGGCCCCGCGUACAACAACAUCCAGGACUGGCGGGGCCCCGAUGCCCCCGCCCGGGGCCACCCAGCCGAUCCAGACCUCCUUCCCGACCACGACGUCGACGUAUCCCACCGUGUCCACGUGGAGCAUCCUGUCCAAGGGGCAGACGGCGCACGGCUGCUGCCCGAGGUGAGUCCUGUUGGCCCCGGGGAUGGGGAAAUCAUCCCGAACCAAAACGAGUUGCAGACGGUGGGCUCACAUGGCGCAAGCGGCUUCCGGUGCUACGCCCCGUACACGUGUAUUUCAACGCCGCCGCUCUCGGCCACCGUCACCGCAGACAUGAGCCAGGGCUGUCCGAGCAAAAGCAUGAACCGGACAACCAGCACGCAGCUCAUAUCCAGCGACAUCUGGCCCUUUGUCUUCGCGCCGCAGGUGGUUCUCGUCCGCGGAAACGACACCGCCACCGCCGCCGCAUCCGGCUCGUCCGGCCCGUCAACGACCUCGAGCGCUUCCGGCGACGGCGACGCGCGGGGCGGCCUGAGCACCGCGACAAAGGCGGCCAUCGGGACCGCUCUUCCCCUGAUCCUCAUCGUCCUGGCGCUGGCGGGGUAUGUAUUCUACCGCCGAAGGAGCCGCAGCAAGGCCGAGGCCGGGGCGGCGUCCGAGCAGGAGAGCGGCCUUCCGGGCAUGAACAAGCCCGAGUUGGACGCGACGCCCUCCCCCUUCGGACCCUCGCUUGGUCCUGAAAGCGAACUGGACGGGACGCCUCGCGGUGCCGAUUCCACUUCAGCGGGGCAUCCAGUUUCUGAGCUGCCGGGGUCGGGCGCCGCAACGGCCGUGGGAGCCAUGUGUGAGUUGCCGGGCGAUGGGGAGUUUGCCACCAGAACAGCACAGCCGAGAGAGUCGGACGGGAUUGCUGCUGAUGAUGAAGAGGGCGAGACUGGACAAGGUGCUUCCAUAAACGGUGCAUCUGAACCAAAGGCACACGAUACCAAGGAGCAUAGAUGCUGA